CGCAAGAGCUGCCGGUAAACUGUUAACCUGUAUCUAUCUAUCAAGUCUUGAACAAGCCGGAUACACACUUGGAUUACAAUCAUGACUCUGGAAAUGGAAGAGAUCCGUGGACAGGAGAGCGCACUCGAUACUGCCGAUAGGUAAAUAGCCUACACAUUUUACAAACGAAUGCAAACCUACUGCAGUCUGAACCUUUUGUUAAUGUGUUACUAUGUAAUGACAGUGUGCAGAGAGUAAUAAUACCGAUGUUUCUUUUUCUCUUCAGAGUGCAAAUUGCAGGCACAGCCCUGGAGGAGCUGUUGGUGUCUGCAAAGAAGCAGGACUAUCUUACCGUGGGAGUCUACGAGUCUGCCAAAGUUAUGAAUGUGUAAGUACACUCCUAAUGGUGUAUUUGUGAUGCACUAAGUAUUUAUGCUCCGAUGUAAAGCGUAACGUACAAUUACAGCAUAGGACCAGCUUCUAAACUGCCUCUCAUGUUUAUUCCAACAGUGACCCAGACAAUGUGGCAUUCUGCGUUCUGGCGACGGACGAGGAGUACGAAUGCGACAUCGCUCUCCAGAUCCACUUCACCCUCAUCCAGGCUUUCUGCUUCGAUAACGACAUCAACGUGGUGCGCGUUAACGACAUCGAGCGCCUGGCUGACCUCGUGGGCACGGACGAAACUGGCGAACCCAAGGACGCACAUUGCAUUCUUGUCACGGUACGUCCUGAUCUACCGGCUUGAUCACAAAUCAUCCAGUCAGCAUGUUUUACCCAUAGUUUUUACUGAUAAUGGUCGUCCUGAGCGCUGUCAAAGCAAUACGCAUGUCAAUCAUUCAAUCUAAUUCUAUAUUAUAUAGUGUAGCUGCCUAUCUUAUGUAAUUGUCAUGAUUCUAAUACUUGCUCCCUCUCUCUUAUUCACAGAGCCCUGGUGCUGAGUCUUGGAAAGACCCUGCUCUGGACAAACUGCAUCUGUUCUGUGAGGAGAGCCGCAGUGUGUAUGACUGGGUUCCCACCAUCACCCUCCCUGAACGCUGAACAACUACACCCUCUGCAUGCUUCAUUUGAUGAUGAUGAAGAUGACGAAGAAAGCAUAAAAUAAUCAGAACCUCAGGGUUUGAAGCCUGCCUGUCUAUUGGAAUACAAGGCUGUGGCUGUAACCAAGGACCCAGAGUGCGAUGUGGGAAGGCAGUGUGGUUCUGGAUUACUCAUAUAGACUGGCUCAGGUGUAUGUGGACUGGGCCCAUGUCAUGUCAUGAAAGCCCGGACCAGGAUAAAGAGUUGAACUGGAAUGAACUCUGCAGUACACAGAGACAGCUCAUGACCCUAUAGCUGCCCUGGCUAAGGUCAAGGGUUAGGGGUGAACUGAGGAGAUGGUCAGAGAAAGAGAGAGGAGGGAGGAGAAGAGAUGGACUUGUGAAAAUGUGAAACAUGGCUGGAUGUAAGGUGGUUUUCUUGCAGCAAAAUGAGAUGUGAAAAAAGGCGGAUUUUAGAAGGUUCUCAGAAGAGAAAGGAAAAUACUGGACUUUAUUUUUUACGUUUUCCAAAGAGACUGGGGAAUGCUCGGAUUGAAACUCAGAGACAUUAAUUUUCUUAACAUGAUGCAAGCUCUUGUUAUAGCCUACCACUGAAUGGACUUGACAAACAUAAUUUCAUGGACUAUGCAUUGUAUUGAUUAUUUUACUGUCAUUCUGUUUGUUAUGGAACUGUAAAAUCAUUUUACACAAUUUCUUAAUAAAUGCUUUAAACUUUA